UGCACAACAACAUGGCGGGGUAGCCACUGCAGAAAGAGAACAGAGUGACUCGAUGUUGAUUUAGGAUAAGACGAUACCAUGGAGUCCAUUGAUUUGGAGAGGGAGGACCCUCCUAGCUCACUAUCUGGAUAUGCCAAUGGCGAGAUCAUGACCUUGGAGAUCUCAGACGUCUCUCCAGACUUGCUUGUUCUCGAGGUAAAGGACAGCAACCUACCUGAAAGUAUCCAUGGCAGCCAGGACAUGGAGAUGGAUGCUGACUUUCAUGAGGAUGAUGAUGGGCAUGGUUUUGCAAAUGUGGAACUCCAGUUCUUUCCCUGUGAUGCCUGCGAAGCCUCCUUCACUAGCGAACCAGAGCUGGAGCAGCACUGGAUAAGAUCUCAUUCAAUAUGUGAUGUAGCAAGUGAGAGAGGAAGACCGAAGUCAAUGGAAACAGAAGGUGUCUCCCCACUGCACACCUGCAUGACUUGUGGGAAGGUGUUCAAAUAUCUAACUUCAUUCCGAAAACAUGAGGAAACUCAUAUCAAAGCCCUGUACACCUGCAAGACUUGUGGGAAGGAGUUUAAAUACCUAACUUCAUUUACAAAGCACCUGGACACUCACGUUGUACGAAGACCGAAAGGAAGAAGAAAUGGAAAGUCAAUCAAAGCAGCAGGCCUAAGUGUCAAUAAGAAAAUGAAAGGCCUUCACACCUGCAAGCACUGUGGUAAGGAGUUCAAAUACGUAACUUCUUUCAUGAAGCACGAGAAGACUCACAGGAUCACGAUAACCAAAAAAAGCAGAAAAAACCAGAGGAAACGUUCAACUUCCAAGAUUAUUAUACGUCUUGAAGGCAAUAGGAAAGAUGCAACAGAAACUCAUGUAAGGGCCAACAAGAAAAACAGGAAGAACAGCGAAGAUACUAAGGAUCAGAAUGAUCAGGAUGCAUGUAUUUUAAUAUAUUCUGCAGAGCAGCAAACACCUGACACUAAACGUUCUCCUCCAUUUCCUUGUCUGGACUGUGGGAAGGUUUUUAAGUUUUUCAAAUCCUACCAAAAACACCAGAAAAGACAUGCUUGGGCACAGGGCAAAAGUGAAGGAGUGCCUCCUAAACAGAAGCACGGACCAGAAGUCAAAGAAAAGAUUAGAUGUCCGGUUUGUGGUAGAGCAUUCAACAAGCAAACAACUCGCACCAAGCACCAGAACAUUUAUCAUCCGAAAAAUAACUCUCAGAAAAACACAAACGCUUUAACGUGCUGUGAAUGUGACCGCCAUUUUGAAAAGGCAGAUAAUUUCCAAAAGCAUAAGUGCUUCCACCUGCGUAAGCAUGUAAAGACUUUCAUAGAGGCAGGUAGGGUGAGCCAAGAGGGGGAUGUUUUCUAUUGUCAACUCUGUGUCCUACAGCUCACCAGUGGACUGGAGUUUGAGAAUCAUGCCAGGGACAUACACCCGGACCAAUACCGCAAAAUCCUAAAAGCGGUUGGCAAUAUCAUUAAAGACACCUUGAAAGGCUUGCAGACACGACGGGUUGACAAUCAGUCAACAAGUCAGGAGGAACCUGAAAUAGACUUAAACAGUGUAGGAGAGACGGAGGAAGAUGGAUUGAGACAAUUCAUUUGCAAGGAUUGUGGGGAAUAUUUUAUAUAUCGUGUUUCAUUUACUUUUUGUGCGAAAUGUUUAAAGGAUCGCAAAGACCGUAGGAAAGCCUCCAAGCUGUACCACUGCGAGGAAUGUGGCCAACACUUUGGCCGAAAGGAUCACCUGAAGCGCCACAGCUAUUCUCAUUCUGGAAGUUCCUUUGUCUGUUCUGAUUGUGGCGUUAAAUUCAGGGAUCCAGGAGAGUUGCGUACACAUGAAAAGACUCAUCAGGUGAGAAACCAGGCUUGCCAGCUGUGUGAGAAGCGGUUUGAACAGGAAGAGGAACUGAUGUUGCAUCAUGAAGUUGCUCAUCCAGGACCAGGCGGUUAUACAUGCCACCAGUGCGGCAAGUCCUUUAGUACAGUGAAAAAUCUGGGAAAACACAGAAUGAUCCAUUCGGAUAAAACUCCCCAUGUUUGUUCAAAUUGCGGUAUGAAGUUCAAGAGGCGAGAGCACCUGAGACGGCACGAGAGCCUGCACACCAACGAGAAACCUCACCUUUGUCAUUGUUGUGGGGAUACAUUCGGGCGGAAGGAGGACCUGAACACCCACCUCGGUAAAAUGCACAUCGUAUCAAGACAUUUUCUUUGUAAAGCUUGUGGGACAACGUUCAAGGACCGUAACUCUCUCAGGAGACAUAGGUAUCACACUCACACUAAGGCUGGCAAGGUGUUCCAAUGUGAGGAAUGUGGUCUAAGUUUCGGCCGGGCGGAUCAUCUGAAGCGCCACCAGCACACACAUUCUACUGAAAGGCCCUUCUCAUGCUCAAUGUGUUACAAAGUAUUCCACCGGGCAGACAACCUCAAGAAGCAUGAGCGAAAUCACAGAUACAAGUGGUUGGAAUAUCUGAACACUCACCGCCACAAAACGCCCAAGCAGGAGAGCAGAGUUUCUGAGCGCUCCAAGUGGAAACUCCGCCGGUCUGAAGCAUCUGCCCUACUAAAGCUUAUCCAGAGCCAUUCCAAGCAGCAACAUCAUACCUGCUACGUUUGUAAAAAGACUUUCAGAGGACUUUACUAUCUAAAGAGGCACCGUCUACUAAACUGGUGUGGACAAAGGAAUAAAAUGAUGGAUUCAUUCCGGUAUGGAACUGUUAAAUAACCCACUUUUGGGUUGAUAACCUGACAGAUUUAGAAGUGAAACAUAAUUUCAUUUUGUAGAACUUGUUGGUGUGUAUUUGUAUAUAGUGAGCUGUAGAGCUGGGACGAUAAACUGAAAAUGAUCGACAUUGACCAUACCGAUCGCUUAUCGCAGGCAUUUUGCUGAUAUCGUUCAUUACGAUAAGUAGCCUAUACUAGAGAAAUGUGACGUUUGAAAUUAAAUAAGUUUGCUAAUAUGGGUGAUUGUUAAUGGGACAAUUGAUGGCUACAACCAUCAAACUGGUAGUACUAGAUGAUCCUUCAAGAAAAUGUGGUGCACAUUAAUGUUAGAAACUUCUCGUGCGAUUUAUCGUUAUUGCGUCAAUUCAGGCAAUUUAUCGUGAUAUGGAUUUUUGUCCAUAUCGGCCAGCUCUAGUGAGUUAUGGCUUGCUGUAUCUUGUAUUGUCAUGCAUUUUCACAAUGAACAUUAUAAAAUCAAAAUAUUUAUUUUGUUA